AUGGGUCCUCCUUUAGCUCAAGAGCUUACUCAAGCCUGCAACCAGCCACUUGCUGCUACCAGCAACCUGCAGCCUGAUGAUGGAUACAAGAUCGAACUCCGGGCUGAAAAUGGAGUCGACAAAUAUCCUGCAAAACAACAUGCGCGAAAGGUUGCCGCUCAGAUCCGCCAGGGUAAGGGGCUUAUUUUUCUGAUGGGUCAGAAAUCUACACUACACGAAGACUCCGACCAGGAGAGGUCGUUACGGCAACGGCGCUACUUUUUCUAUCUGUCAGGCGUUGAUGAAGCCGAUUGCGACCUUACCUACGACAUCAAGACUGAUAAAUUGACUUUAUAUGUCCCCGAUUUUGAUUUGAGACGGGCAAUCUGGAUGGGGCCCACCUUGGAACGAAAAUCCGCAUUACAGAAGUUUGACGUCGACGAGGUUAACUACCACUCUGCCCUGGAUGAAGAUGUCAAGAAAUGGGCUAAGAAUCAAGGCCCUGGCUCAACAAUAUACCUUCUUCACGGAUCACAAGGUCCCACAGACAACCCAUCCAACGUCAUUAUCGAUACCAAAACGCUCAAGCUGGCGAUGGAUGCCUGUCGAGUUAUAAAAGAUGAACAUGAGAUUCAGCUCAUCCGACGCGCCAACGACAUAUCAGCUGCUGCUCAUAUAGAAAUUCUCCGUGGAAUAACAUCAAUGAGCAACGAGUCUCAUGUAGAGGGCAGCUUUUUGAAUACGUGCGUCUCGCUAGGGGCGCACAAGCAGGCGUACCAAAUAAUCGCCGCCUCUGGCUCGAAUGCAGCUACGCUUCAUUACUCGAAGAAUAAUGAACCUCUCAGAGGCCGCCAGUUUGUCUGCCUGGACGCUGGCGCCGAGUGGAAUUGCUACGCAAGUGACGUGACACGUACCUUCCCGAUCACUCACCAAUGGCCGAGUAUAGAAGCCAAACAAAUAUACCAAUUGGUGCAGGAAAUGCAGGAAAGCUGUAUUGCACUUGUCAAAGAAGGGGUCAGAUAUCUAGACCUUCACUUCUUAGCACACAACAUUCUCAUUAAGGGAUUCCUUACCCUCGGCAUAUUCAAGGGCGGCACGCUAGAUGAGGUCAAGAAGUCUGGUGCAUCCCUCCUCUUUUUCCCCCAUGGCCUUGGCCAUUAUAUUGGUCUAGAAGUGCACGAUGUUUCUCCACAAUCCAUAAUGGCACAGGGCAUCAAUGAUGAUUCCAACAAUAUGUUGAUUUUGCCAACGUGUGUAUCGCCUUGUACCACAUCAUCGCCUGCCUUAACAUCCGGGAUGGUGAUUACAAUCGAGCCGGGGAUCUAUUUUUCGCAGCUCGCGCUGGAAAAUGCGAAGCCGGAACAACUCAAGUAUAUCGAUAUGGCACGAGUCAAAAAUUACAUGGCAGUCGGAGGCGUGCGGAUCGAGGACGACAUUUUGGUUACGAAGACAGGGCACGAGAAUUUGACCAAGGUCCCGAAAGGAGAUGACAUGUUAGAGAUUAUUCGACAGGGGAAGAAGGGAAAUGACUCACACCAUGUGUAG